AUUCAGUCAUUACGAUUGAAAUACGUGAUCAAGAACUGCCAAUAAGUAUCGGAUAAACGAGUGCUUUCUCUCUAUGGAGUAUUAGAUAAAAAUAUUUUACGAAUUGAUACGAAUUUUCUUAAAGUAUUUGUGUGUGUUUAUUUAAAUGUGUAAAUGCUACAUAAAAAUUUUGUAUAAAUACACAGUUACAUAAGUGCGUUCGAGAAAAGUAAUUAAAUUGAUAAUGAAGCAUUUUCUUUAUUGAAAAUAUAGAAUUUUGUUUCUAAAAGUAUUUUACCAUUAGCUAUUUUGAUAACAAUAAUUGCUCAAUUGAUUGCAUUAAAUAAUUAUUGCUUUAUAGAUUGACAAAUUGCUUCAUAAAUAAUUACUAUGAUAAUUAAUUGUCUAAAGAUAUCAGUCAUAUUAUAAGGACAAACUUUUAUUAUUUCUGUAGUUUAAAAGAGUAAAGCUGACUUUGAUUCGCGGUCCAGUGAUUCAAAGAAAAAGAUGCCGCUAUAUAUUUUAAAUACAGAACACACAAAAAUAUGUACGAAGAAAGAUUUUCAAACAAAUGAAAAUCUUUCAAAUUCUGCGGCUACUCAAAACAAAAGUGAAAACUAUAUAAAGACUGAAGACUGGUUUAAGACAGAGCUGAAGUGGCUUAACAUCAUAUCUAUUGGUCUUCUUCAUUUAUAUUUCUUAUAUGUCUGUUUGACAUUCAAAUUUCUCGAAAAUUUGAAGACGACUGUAUGGUUAUUUAUCAUGUACGUGAUAGGAGGAUUUGGCACCACAGGUGGCAUUCACCGUUUGUGGACCCAUCGGGCUUACAAGGCAAAAGGGCCUUUUAGAAUUAUACUUCUCAUUUGCUACAUUUCAGCGGGCUUGAACAACCCCUAUGACUGGGUGCGAGAUCAUCGGACGCAUCAUAAGUAUACGGAUACAAACGCGGAUCCGCACAAUAGUAGCAGAGGAUUCUUUUUCUCUCAUGUUGGUUGGCUGAUGAUGAAAAAACAUCCAGAAGUGAUCCAAAAAGGUCGUCAGAUCGAUAUGAGUGAUGUAUUAGCUGAUCCUAUCUUUGUAUUCGGCACCAAGUAUUUUUCCAUACUUAAAUUUAUGUUUACUUUGCUACUUCCGAUAAUGUUGCCUGUGUAUGGAUGGAAUGAGACUUGGUACAGAGCUUUUGUAUCACAGGCUAUUAUUCGUUAUGUCGUUGUUUUAAAUGCUACAUGGAGCGUUAAUAGUGCGGCUCAUAUCUGGGGGUCAAAGCCAUUCGAUGCACAUAUUAAUCCGACGGAGAACAGCUUCGUUAGCUUUAUAACGGCCGGUGAAGGAUGGCACAAUUAUCAUCAUGUUUUUCCAUGGGACUACAAGGCUUCGGAAUUAAUCUAUUCCAAUGACUUGACCACCAAGGUCAUUAACUUUUUCGCAAAAGUCGGGUGGACGUACGAUCUCAAAGAAGCGUCGGAGGAGCUCGUGAAGACUAUUGUGAUGAAAAAUGGUGACGGAAGUCAUCAUCUGUGGGAUGCUGUGCCGUAUCCAGAUAGUAAAAUUGUACAUAUGAUGUUGGAUAUAUCUGAAAUUUCUGUAAUAAAAACCGAAAAGUCUAUAAAUAAUAAAGUAUCGACGAAAGAAUUGGAUAAGACCCAUUAUGAAUUGAAAAUCGUUUGGAGAAAUGUCAUUAUUUUUACGUUCAUUCAUCUUGCUGCCAUUUAUGGAUUAUACCUGUAUUUAUUCCGGGCUAAAUGUUUGUCAUUUAUUUGGUUUACUCUUGUUGGUUUUGCCGGGGGUUUUGGUAUCACUGUUGGCGCUCACAGGCUAUGGGCCCAUCGAUCUUACAAAGCAAAGUGGCCCAUGAGAUUAAUCCUAAUGAUUUUCAAUACUGUUGCUUUUGAAGAUGACAUUUAUCAGUGGGUGAGGGAUCACCGAGUGCAUCACAAAUUCGUCGACACUGAUGCGGAUCCAUAUAACGUGCGUAGAGGAUUCUUCUUCUCGCAUAUGGGUUGGCUUCUGGUUCGUAAACAUCCUGAUGUCAUAAAGAAAGGUGCCACGAUUGAUUGCAGCGAUGUCAUACAAGAUCCAAUUGUGGCGUUUCAAAGAAAGUGGUACAUGUAUUUGAUGCCGUUGUGCUGUUUUAUCAUACCAGCGUUAAUACCUUGGUUGGCAUGGAAUGAGAAUUUGUGGUACUCGUGGUAUAUAGCAGUAUUCAGAUAUUGCACAAGUCUGCAUCUUACUUGGAUGGUGAAUUCCGUAGCACACAUGUGGGGCAUGAAACCAUAUGACAAAUCACUUACCGCCACCAAUAACGUUGGAGUUGGUAUUUUUGCGUUUGGCGAAGGCUGGCAUAAUUAUCAUCACGUCUUUCCUUGGGACUAUAAAGCGUCAGAAUUUGGAAAUUAUAGAUGUAAUUUUAGUACAGCUUUCAUCGACUUUUUCGCUUAUUUAGGUUUAGCUUACGAUUUAAAGACGGUACCUGCCGAUAUGAUAAAGAAACGUAUUCUUCGAAAUGGCGAGGUACAUUCAUAUUAAAUUUAGUGAUUAUAUAAAAUAAAAUGUAUU